AUGGGCAGCCAGUUCCAGCAGGGCGCCGGCCAGGGCCCGGCGGCUGAUGCUGCCGACGGGGGGCCCGGAUCGGCGGGAGGAGGGGGGCCGGGCGGCGGGGCGGCCGGCGCGGCCGGCGAGGGCGGGAACGCCAAGCGGUUCAGGCUGUACGUGGGCAGCCUGUCCUACUCCAGCACCACCGCCACGCUGCGGGGAGCGUUCGAGGAGUUCGGCACGCUGCUGGACGCGGAGGUGGUGUACGACCGCACAAACCACUCCAAGGGCUUCGGAUUCGUCAGUUAUGAUAAUGAAGAGAGCAUGCGCAAUGCAAUCAACAAGAUGAAUGGUGCAGAGCUGGAUGGCAGAAAGAUCGAAGUGACUGUGGCCAUGCCACAGGGGCCAAAGUUUGGAAUGGGUGGGGGGUACAAUCCCCAGAGAGGAGGAAUGGAAGGUGGUAGGGGGCCACCCAGGGGCUAUAGGGUUCUCAUUUAUGGACUGCCUCCAACGAUUACCUGGAGGCACUUGAAGGAUUUUCUGAGGGAUUCCGGCUGCGAGGUCAAAUACGCUGACAUCGUUGAACCUGGAGUUGGGAUGGGUGAAUUUGGAACGCCUGCUGAACGGGCCAGUGCUAUCAAGACUCUCAAUGGCAAGGAUUUGAAGGGAAGCAAGAUACAUGUGAAGUUCUUGAACGAGGCAGACAUGCAUUUUGGUGGUGGAAACUUCGGUCCCAGGCCAGGUUUCUUCAAUGAGCCAUUUGGCUUUGGCGGCUUUGACAUGUUUGGCCCCGGGUUCGACCAGUUUCCGUAUGGCAUGCCGCCACCGGACUUCAACAUGAUGGGCUUCCCGCCCCCGCCUGCCAUGCCUGGCUGGGCUGGCAGGGGUGGUAUGAGGCACCCCGGCUUUGGAGGCAUGGGCCCCAAUCCAGGUAUGGGUGGAGGUUAUGGGAGGAACGAACCUGGUCCCCGGGGGUGGGCUGGUGGUGGUUAUGGAUACGACAGGGGUAUGGGAAGGGGGUACGAUCGAGGUGACUCGGGGCGUGGUUAUGACCGGCGAGGCGACGCGCAAGGUGGCUUCCCUGGCUAUGAGCGGCCCCCCGAUGGCAGCUACUCCCGUGGCACCCAGGGCGACCGAGGCCCUCCUGACGAGAGAGCCAAUCAAGGUAGCCGCAGCUAUGGCCAGUACAGUUCUGAGCGAUACGGGGGCACGGGGGAGACAUACCCACGCCAGUAUGACAACUCUGGCAAGGACGGUUAUCCCUACAGUGGCUACCAACGCUCGGGUGGCCAAGACACCCAGGGAGGGUAUGGUGGGAGGUAUGAGGGCGGCGGCCAGGUUGCGGCUGGCUACGAUCGGCCUGCCAAUGAUGUGAGGGGAUAUUCUGCAUACAACCGGACGAUGGGCCAGGAAGACAGCAGGUCUGGUUAUGGUGACUACAGGGGCAAUGGCCAGCAGGAUACAUAUGGCUCGGGCUUGUAUGCAGGCUAUAGGGCGUCAGGUUACUCGAAGCCGACGGUGAGUGGGGGAGGGGGUGUGACAGGGAGCAUGGGAGGGACAGGUGGGGCUGGAGGGGACCGAUCUUCAUACGACUAUGCAAAGAUAAACGGCCCAGAGGACUAUGCCAAGUAUCAGGGGUCUGGUGAGUAUGGCCGCAGUGACCGCACAGCAGAGUAUGCGGGGUACACGCAGCAGGACAGGCGGGCAUACGACUAUGGCCGGAUGGAAGGGGGCCGGUCAGCGUAUGAUGCUGCAGAUUACAAGCGGGUUGAGAGUGACUACUAUGCUGAUCGGCGUGAUUAUGGGAAUGGCCGCAGUCACAGGGAGGAAGACCCCAGAGGCGCUGGUGGAGCUGACAGGCGGCAUAGCCAUGUGCAUCGGGUGUCACCGUACGAUCGCUGA